AUGGGUAGUAGCCUUGGCAAUUCAGAAUCUGCAGAACGUGCAGAAAAUGAUUCAGAUGGGCUUCCACCUAAGAGAUCAAAAAUGGAUAGGGAUAAAGAUGAUGGAGCUUCCUUCAGAUUGCUUGCAGAUUCUAUUGAGAAAUUCAGUGAGAUAUAUGAGAAGAUUGAAAAUAAUAAAAGACGGCAAUUGUUAGAAUUGGAAAAGAUGAGGAUAAAUUUCCAUAGGGAGUUGGAAUUACAGAAAAGGCAGAUUCUGGAGAGAGCCCGUGCUGAGAUUGCAAAAUUACGGCAAGUUGUAACUGAAGGAGGAAUAAAUAGGAGAAGCAAGAGGAGAGGAGUUAUGAGAGUGUUGAGUGAGAAAGCUAGUCGGGAGAGCACAGGAUCUCUCAAAUGUCCUGAAUUUGUUUUGUAUCUGUGA